UACAGAAGCACCGGGCCGAAGAGUAGCCGCCUCGUCCAUCUACUGUCUUCGCCUCCCGCCUGUUCCCGAGACUGCUCGUCAAGAUGGCAGAUCUGAACCGACAACUGCAGGAAUAUUUAGCUCAGUCCAAGGGCGGCGGCGGCAGUGGCUCGACGGUUUUGUCCGUUCCUCAGACGCCUCCUCAGGACGAGGCAGAAGAAACGGGCUCGGGCUUGGGCGUCUGGCUGCGGCGCAUGAACCCUUUCCCCGCGACCGGAACGUGGUCGUCGUCGGCCGACCCGGAGCCGGAUCCGUGGCUACCGACAAGGGUGUCCCGUUGGCAGAGACUGGUGGGAAGUGCCCUGUGUCUGCUGCUGGCUGCGUUGUGUUUCGGCCUGGCCGCGCUUUAUGGCUCGCUCCUGCUGCUCCGGAAGUUUGCACUGCUCUGGUCCUUGGGCUCGGCCUUUGCGUUGGGAGCCGCUGGUUUCUUGCAGGGCCCGAGUCGCUUACUGGGCGAUCCUGACCGGCGCGGCCUGGCCAUCCUGUAUUUGGGCUCCGUGGGCGGAACUCUGUACGCUGCUCUCGGGCUCCGAAGUACGCUGCUCACGGUGCUGGGAGCUGUGGUCCAGCUGGGAGCCGGAGCCGCCUACUUGUUUUCCGCCUUACCUGGCGGUACUGCCGGGUUGCGCUAUGUCAGCAGCUUCCUGGGUAGCUUCGUGCGACGAAGUGUUUCUAAAGCUCUUCCAGUGUGAGUUAACCUGUCGUCGGAAGUCCCAACUCCCAGGCUUGGGAAGACUGCUCCCCGAGGAGGCACCCCGGGCCGCUUUUCAAAGUAACGCGGAGAGUAGGAUAUGCAGGCUGAAUCCCAGGAGUCCUUGAAUAGAAAGUUUUUUCUGCGUCUACUUGGUGAAUUCCAGGAGACAAAAGACGAGAUAAUUCAGUUGCCUCACUGUGGCUGUUUGACUCCUAAGAAGUACUAAUAAAAU